AUGCCUUAUGCAAGAGCAAGACAUCAUGAUGGUCAUACGAGACUCAGAAGAAGGAAUCGAUUAAGGAACAAGACAAAGGAUUUGGAUCAGAUCGACAAAGAUUUAAAGGAAGGAUCUGACCAAUUGCUAAAUCAGGAAGUAGAUUUGGAUAAACCAGGCUUUGCUCAGCACUAUUGUCUUCAUUGUGCAAAAUAUUACAUAAAUCAGAGAGCACUGGAUGAUCAUUUUAAGACAAAAGUUCAUAAAAGACGAAUGAAGGCACUGGAAAAUGAUCCGUAUACACAUGAAGAAGCAGAAAAAGCUGCUGGACAUGGCUCAUUUGAUAAAACUCCUGCAAAACGUAAGAUGGAAACACAGCCUUCAAAGGAUGAAUAUUCUUGUGGCAAACGAGUUAAAGUGGAUUAUUUUACACAAGAGGAACUGAAUAGUAAGAAACGCAAGUCAUUAAAUAGUUCAAAAGUUACUGAAGAACAGGAAAUGCAUGAAUAA